UAUAAAGUCUUCCAAAGUCACUUUCUUGUUCCACAUUUCUUUCCAAGGUUCACAAAUUGGAGAAAAAGGAAAGUUCCUAUAACAAUGGAAAGCAACCAGAACAUGAAGGAAAACACCAUAGGGACAGAGUUUGAGGACUUGCUGCCAGUGAUGGCACAGAAGCUUGAUGUGGAAUCCUUUGUGUCAGAACUAUGUGGGGGUUUCAAGCUUCUAGCAGACCCUGAAUUGGGUUUGAUCACAAGCCAAAGUUUAAGGACAAAUUCAGCUCUUUUGGGUAUGGAAGGUAUGAGCAUGGAGGAUGCAGAUGCUAUGGUUAGACAAGGUGAUCUUGAUGGUGAUGGCAAGCUAAAUGAGACUGAAUUUUGCAUCCUCAUGGUGAGGCUUAGCCCUGGAAUGAUGCAAGAUGCUGAGGCAUGGCUGGAGAAAGCAAUUGAGGAAGAGCUCAGGAAAUCCUCAACUUAGAGAUGUUUAUGUUACCCAUUUUGUAAUCAAUUCAUGGAUGAAGUUUGAUUCAAAAGCCAAUUAAUUAUGGUAGAGGCCGAUUACAUAAAGAGUUGAAGAGCAUGGAGUUGCGUUAACUUUCAGCCACAAAUUCAGUUAACUCCGAUGAGCAAAUGCCAACUCAGAUUCAUCAUUCAGUGGUUAAGUAUCGAAGUAUAAAAGUCAAAAGAAUAAUGGAUGGUUUUUGUGUGAACAAAACUCAGUGCAUUUUCUUAUAUGUGUUUGGUAUUAUUUUUUCAUCAAAUUAAAAUUUUAUUU